GCGGAAGUGGCCGCGCGGCCCUCCCGAGGCAACCAACGAGAAGGGCGCGCGUGCCCACGUGACGGAAGCCCACGUGACGGAAGCCCACGUGACGGAAGCCCCGUACCCCUCCGCGUCCGCCGCGGGGGGACGCGGCCUGCGCGCCAGCCGCGGAGCCUCGGGCGCCUCCCGUGCGCGCGCGCGCCAUGAAGCUGUUGCGGCGCGCGUGGCGGCACCGGACGGCGCUGGCCCUGGGCGGCCUGGCGCUCUGCGGCGCCGGGCUGCUCUACCUGGCCCGCUGCGCCGCGGACGGCCCCCGCCCGCCGCCCGGCCGCAGCCCCCCGCCCGCCGGGCCCGCACGCGCCGCCGCCUUCCUGGCCGUGCUGGUGGCCAGCGCGCCCCGGGCGGCCGAGCGGCGCAGCGUGGUCCGCGGCACGUGGCUGGCGGCGGCGCGGCGCGGCGGCCCGGGCGACGUGUGGGCGCGCUUCGCCGUGGGCACGGGCGGCCUGGGCGCCGAGGAGCGGCGCGCCCUGGAGCGCGAGCAGGCGCGGCACGGCGACCUGCUGCUGCUGCCCGCGCUGCGCGACGCGUAUGAGAACCUCACCGCCAAGGUGCUGGCCAUGCUGUCCUGGCUGGACGAGCACGUGGCCUUCGAGUUCGUGCUCAAGGCCGACGACGACUCGUUCGCGCGGCUGGACGCGCUGCUGGCCGAGCUGCGCGCGCGCGAACCCGCGCGUCGCCGUCGCCUCUACUGGGGCUUCUUUUCGGGCCGCGGCCGCGUCAAGCCCGGGGGCCGCUGGCGCGAGGCCGCCUGGCAGCUCUGUGACUACUACCUGCCCUACGCGCUGGGCGGCGGCUACGUGCUCUCGGCCGACCUGGUGCACUACCUGCGUCUCAGCCGCGAGUACCUGCGCGCCUGGCACAGCGAGGACGUGUCGCUGGGCGCCUGGCUGGCGCCGGUGGACGUCCAGCGCGAGCACGACCCGCGCUUCGACACCGAGUACAAGUCCCGCGGCUGCAGCAACCAGUACCUGGUGACUCACAAGCAGAGCCUGGAGGACAUGCUGGAGAAGCACCAGACGCUGAUGCGGGAGGGCCGCCUGUGCAGGCAGGAGGUGCAGCUGCGCCUGUCCUACGUCUACGACUGGUCCGCGCCCCCCUCGCAGUGCUGUCAGAGGAAGGAGGGCAUCCCCUGAGCUGCGGCCGCAGCCGACCCGCCGCGAGUCGCACGGAGGCCGGGACAGGGGCCCCAAGGCGGCCGCCGCCGCGACGGUCGUUCAGGGCCCUGUGAGGCAGCCGCUGAGGCGGCCUCCCGCCGGCCUUGCACGGGCACGGCUGACGGGUUCUGGCCGGGCGUCCGGAAGGAGCCCAGCCCUCAAGGGGACCUGGCUUCUGCGGCGACCGGUAGGGUUUUCAGGCAGACGCCAAGCGGCGGCGGACAGCUCGCAGGUCCCAGCUCCGGUGGGCGCGCCCAGGGCCGUGCACCCCAGCGGCCGCCACCGGGCCUCGCUCGGGAGCGUCUUGUUCUGGGCCUGGGAGGCCCCUGGGGCUUGCCAGGGCAGCACCUUACGUCCAGGUAGAAACGUCCGGUCCCUGGAUCUCAGCCGGCAUCGGCCUGGCCGUGAAGACGCCCAGCUUUGGGCGAGCUGGCAGGGCUUUGCCGCCGCGCCCGGGCCUGUCCUUCUCCCGACGUAGGGGCCAGCAGCAGCGAGAGGCUGGAGCUGACGGGCACUUGCGGACCUGACCGCAGAGAAAGAAUCUGGACUCGUUCAGGGGUGGGGACUGUGCCUUGUCCUGCAUCCUGUGGUGACCGUCCACGUAGGAAAUCACUGCCCAGAGAGCCGCGGCUGCAGGGAUCUGACCCUCGGGCCCUUGCAUGUUGCACCUUCGCUGCGACGCGCUCCAGUGGCUUUUCAUCCGAAUUGCUGUAGCCGUAUCGAGUUAGGUUACCUGCUUCUGUGUUUCGUGUUGGUACCAUUUGUCACGUGCAAGUCUAGGGUUUACACUUGGUGUCACUGUUUCACAGCCUCAGUGGUGUUUUGGUCUGUGUCGCUCCAAAGUGAAUCUGUGAUCAGUGUGCUUCGGCGCGAGUCUGUGACUUAUAAAUAUUGUAAAUUCGUGUAGAUAAGAGUUUUAAGUUGGGAGCGUGUGGGUCUCAGUAUAUUUUUUAAAUUAUUUAAGGGAGACUUUUCUAUCAGAACUUGGAAUUUGUGGAUUAAUCUGUUUUUACAGCUUGAGUUGUAGGCUCGUUGCUGCAUGUGUGUUUAAAUGUGGAAGAAUUCUAAAAUUGCCCAUUUCUCUUUCUAGUUGACACUGGAAAGUCGGUCCCGUUGUCUCUUUCUGAAAAGACUCCUUUUAAGGCUUCCUCGCGGCCGUGCAGGCCAAAGUGUUCCUCACACGCACAUCUGUUAUUUUAGACUCUGGGCCCAAGUUCCAGGAAUCUGAACCCUUGCAAGUAUCGGUGAGGUGUCCGUCGUUCUGUCUUUAGAAAGGCUUCGCCGGCUGCCGCGUCCUUUUGGAGACAGAACGCAUUUACGUGCACCGCCCCCCUGACCGAUCACCCCUCUCAAACCUGGACACAUCCUCGGACACUCGGGCUCCCUUUUUUCCCCAUUAAAUGUGAAAGUGAGUGCUGUGACCGUCACAGAAGUCAAAUAGAGAGGCUCCGGGACAGCCGCGAGCCCCUCCCGGUGCAGUGGUGUGUGGUCCUACAGAGCUCUUCUGGGGUCUGACCUGGGUUUGCUGUCUGGGGAGCCUGGCCACGCGGCCAGUGUCCGCACUGCACCUCGGGCAACGCAAACAGAAGGCACAGACCUCUGACCUGCCACUCUCUGGUGUUCUUGGGCCGUGGAUCGUAAGAGCGGGCGUCUUAGCUUGGGCCGCGGUAACAAAACGCCACAGAUGUGUGUCCCUCACAGUCUGCAGGCUCUAAAAUCACAUGUGAUCCGCCCCACCUGGGCUGGGUGGUGAGGGCCCUCUUCCCGGCCUGCAGGCGGCUGCCUUCUCACCGCGGCCUUGUGACGGGAGAGAGCCAAAGCGAGUGCCUGGUGUCUCUUUUUACAAGGACGCUGAUCCCACCAGAGGGCCCACCCGCAUGACCUCAGCUACCACCACCUCCAGAUACUAUCACAUUGGAAGUUGAGGCUUCAGUCUGAGUCUGGGGGCAUGUAGUCCACAGCGGCAGGUUUGGGUUAUUUUUGUUGAAAGGUAGAAGGAUAUCUGGAGUUUGGAGUCUUGGGCCAGAAGGAAGCGGGGGAUGGUCUCGUGGUUGCGAUUCUCCUACCUUUAGAAGGUGGAAGCCGGGCCAGAGAGGUCCCAAGAUCUGACAGAUUCUGAUUACAAGGUGAACGUCGGCUUUCUGAUUGGCCAGUUCGAGCCAGGACUGACCUUCCCCCUGUGAACACCUGGUUCACAGGACAAGGGUUCACAAGAGGAGCCAGGUUUGGGGACACCGGGGUGAGCAGAAUGGGACCCUGCCGACCUUUUUCACCUGAACGUGUUGUGUGAACGUCAGGAUCGUCGAGGGAGUUGGCGUGUGCCCGUGUCCAUCCUUCUUCUGCAGACAGCUUGCCGGCACCCACGUGCCGGGGGCAGAGCCAGGCUCCGAGCCCAGGGGUGGACCUCUGAUCCCUGCCCUGCGUUGCAGUCCUGCUGUAGUUUCCGGUUCCUCCAGAGCACACCCCGUGGGAAGGAAGCAUGGCAGCCAUGUCCAAGGCCCCCUUGUAAAAAAUCUAAAAACCCAGACGUGUCUCUUGAGGCGAGGGGGACCUACGAGACUGAGCAUUCGCUUGAAUCACAUGAAGGUGCCAGUAUGCAACCAGUUUUGACAAAAAUGGAAACUUCCUAUUGUUCAGCCGAAAUCAUUAAAUUUCCAUACAGAACAAACCCUC